ACCGACUUGAAGGCUGCGAUUUCGAGAGAGAAGCCGUUUGUUGCCGCCGACUUCGACCUCGAAAACCUGCCUCAAAGUCGGCAAUCUUUCUGUAACGACUGCCAUACUGCAAUGCGACAUCACUAAGCCGAUUCUCCUCCAGCUUGGCCAGCAUGAAUAUCGCACAACCUGUGGCCUCCUCGCUGGAGAGCGUCGAGUUCACCUUUCUCUCGGCCGACGAGAUCCGAUCUAUUUCUGUCAAGCGAAUCGAGAAUGAUAGCACCUUUGACAACCUUCUCAAUCCGGUACCUGGUGGUCUCUACGACCCCGCCCUUGGGUCAUGGGGUGAUGCUCUGUGCCGGACAUGUAACCUGAACCAGGCCCAGUGCCCGGGGCAUCCGGGCCACAUCGAACUCCCGGUGCCCGUCUACCACCCGGUCUUCAUGGACCAGGCCUACCGUCUCCUCCGAGCCCAGUGUGUUUACUGCCACCGAUUCCGCCUGCCUCGCCACGAAAUCCACAAGUACACCUGCAUGUUUCGCCUGUUGCAGGUUGGCUUGAUUCACGAGGCGCACAUGAUCGAGUCGUUUUCUGUCAGCGAUCUUGGGGACCAACUCAGGAAUCUCAGGUUAUCCGACGUUCCGAACCCCGAACAGGAUGAGGCGGAAGAGGAGGGAGGCAACCUGCAUGACGGCACCAUGCGCGCCAGGGAGACAUAUGUGCGCCAAGUCCUGCGGGACCACAGGCUCAAGGUCAACGUCGGCGACAUCAGGAGAGGCAAACACGAAGGUGCGGCGGAAUUGAGGCGGGCCCUCGUGAAAGAGUUCCUUGCCAUUAUGAUCAGGGAAAAGCGGUGCAGAAGCUGCGACGGUAUUUCACCCGUCUACCGCAAGGACCGCUGGGUUAAAAUUUUCGAGCGCGACCUGAGCGAGAAGGAAACGGCGGCCAUGGCGCAAGCCGGAAGGAAGCGGACGGACGCACUUGCCCUCGGCCGAAAGCCGAAGAAACACGAUGAUGCCAACCCUGAUGAGGGCAUCGCCGACGUUGACUCGGCAUCCGAGGCGUCGUUCGGGGCGGGUGGCAGCGAGAGUGAGGGCGAGAGCGAAGGCGAUGGCGAGGAGCUCGACGAAAACGGCGAUGUAAUCAUGAAGGAUGGGCCGGCCAAGGCACAACGAAAAAAGUCGAAGUCGGUCAGACCCGCGCAGCGGUACCUCAGCACUAUGGAGGUCCACAAGCGCCUCGAGAUGCUCUUCGAACAGGAGCAGGAGAUUCUCUCGCUUCUGUAUAACUCGAAGCCCCGGCCUAGAAGCUCUAAACCGCUCUCAGCCGACAUGUUCUUUGUGUCGACACUUUUGGUUCCCCCCAAUCGCUAUCGCCCAGAGGCUCGUAUGGGAGAUUCGCAGAUCUCUGAAGCCCAGCAAAAUAGCCUUUACAAGCUGAUCCUUAGGAGCGCUUCUCUAGUGGCACAGAUCUCGCGAGAAAUUAGCGGUCAAACUGGGGAGGUCGCUCAGGACGAGGGGAGGAGGACAAGGGAUAUGAGCUCUCUGUACCAGGCGUGGACAGAGCUGCAGGAUGCUGUCAAUUCGCUCAUUGACCGGGACAAGAACCCGGUCCAGGGCGCCGCCGCCAAGCGAAAUGAGGAAGGUAUCAAGCAAAAGCUGGAGAAGAAGGAGGGCCUCUUCCGGAAGAACAUGAUGGGCAAGCGUGUCAACUUCGCUGCGAGGAGUGUCAUCUCUCCGGACCCUAAUAUCGAGACCAACGAAAUCGGCGUUCCCCCUGUUUUCGCUAGGAAACUCACAUACCCUGAGCCAGUGACGAGCCACAAUUUCAAAGACCUUCAACAAGCUGUUAUUAACGGUGUUGACAAAUGGCCCGGUGCUGCGGCGAUCGAGAAUGAGAACGGCCAGAUUGUUAACCUGCGGGCAAAGUCCCUUGAGGACCGUGUCUCGCUCGCCAACCAACUUCUUGCCCCGACCGGGAACAACUUCAGUGGCCAGCGGAAUAAGAAGGUACACCGUCAUUUGACCAACGGUGAUGUGGUCUUGAUGAACCGACAACCGACGCUCCACAAGCCCUCCAUCAUGGGUCACAGAGUCCGCGUUCUUCCGGGAGAAAAGACCAUUCGCAUGCACUACGCCAACUGCAACACCUACAAUGCCGAUUUCGACGGAGACGAGAUGAACAUGCACUUUCCACAAAACGAGGUUGCGCGUGCCGAAGCACUUCAACUCGCUGAUACGGAUCACCAGUACAUCUCGGGGACGGCCGGAAACCCCCUACGUGGUUUGAUUCAGGACCAUUUGUCCGUUUCGGUGGAGCUGUGCAACAAAGACGUAUUCCUCGAUCAAGGAGAUUACCAUCAGCUCGUCUACGCCGCCCUCCGGCCAGAGAGCGGACACAUUACAGGCGAGAAGAUUGAGCUCGUGCCUCCAGCGAUCAUCAAGCCGGCGCCCCGUUGGACGGGUAAGCAGGUUAUCACAACGAUCUUGAAGAACAUCAGACCCGCCGACUGCGGUGAUCUGUGGAUGAAUGGAUCUGCCAAGCUCAAGAGCCGCAGUUGGGGCGAGGACUCCGAGGAGGGACAGGUGAUGUUCCGCGACGGCGACUUCAUCAGCGGCAUCCUCGACAAAUCCCAGCUGGGCCCAAGCGAUGGUGGAUUCAUUCACGCGGUUCAUGAAGUAUACGGCCCAUCGGUUGCAGGGAGGCUGCUCAGCAGCAUAGGCCGGCUAUUGACCCGAUACUUGGCCAUGGUCGCCUUCACUUGCGGUAUGGACGAUCUCCGUAUGACCCCGCAGGGAGAGAAGAAUCGCAAGGAAACGCUCAAAGCCGCGGCACAUAUUGGUCUCGAGGUAGCAGCCAAGUACGUUUCGCUCGAGGAACAGAAGCCGGCUAAGGACGAUUCUCUGCUCUUGGAGCGUCUCGAGGAAGUGCACAGAGACGACAAGAAACAGGAAGGUCUCGAGUUGCUUACCAGUCAGGGAUGCGCCGGCCUCUCGACCGAACUUACCAAGCUGUGCCUGCCUGCCGGUCUCGAGAAGCAGUUCCCGAAGAACCACAUGCAGUCUAUGACGACCUCCGGUGCCAAGGGCAGUCCCGUCAACGCCAACCUUAUCUCGUGCAACCUGGGCCAGCAAGUCCUGGAAGGUCGCCGCGUCCCUGUCAUGGUGAGCGGCAAGACCCUACCAAGCUUCAAACCCUACGACACCGAUGUGAGGGCGGGUGGUUACAUCGUCAACCGCUUCUUGACGGGCAUCCGCCCGCAGGAGUACUACUUCCAUCACAUGGCCGGUCGCGAAGGUCUGAUUGAUACGGCCGUCAAGACAUCCCGCUCCGGUUACCUCCAGAGGUGUUUGAUCAAGGGCAUGGAGGGUUUGAGGGUCUCGUACGACUCGUCGGUCCGAGAUUCGGAUGGCACUGUUGUGCAGUUCCUCUUUGGUGAGGACGGCAUCGACAUUGCGAAACAAAAGUAUCUCAACGAUUUCGAGUUUGUCCUCCGCAACCUCGAGUCGCAGUUGCCGCAGAUCAGGUACCACGAGCCCGGCACCCAGGCUCUGUUCGAACACAGGGAUGAAGUCAUGAAGCGGAUGAAGAGCGCCAUCCGAUCCAGCAGCACCCGCAACGCACUCGACCCGGUAUCAUCGGAGCUUGACCCCACCGCGUUUGCAUUUGCCACGUCGGAGAAGUUCUACAGCAAGUUGAUGGAUUACGUCAAGACGAACAAGGAUGGGCUAAUCAAGGAGAAGAAGGGGUCAGACAACCAGCAGGGCCAAAUCGCUCGCAAGACUGCCGAGAAGAUCCUGGCGGCCAAGUACAUCCGGUCACUGGUGGAGCCUGGCGAGGCGGUCGGUAUUGUGGCCGGCCAGUCUGUCGGAGAGCCGUCCACGCAGAUGACACUGAACACGUUCCAUUUGGCAGGUCACUCGGCCAAGAACGUGACGUUGGGUAUUCCGCGUCUCCGCGAAAUCUUGAUGACGGCUUCCUCCAGGAUCUCGACGCCAUCCAUGACCCUCGUGCUCAACGAGGAGCUCUCGGAACUGGACGGGGAGCAGUUCGCCAAGUCCAUCAGCGUCCUCCCGCUUGCGCACGUCACUAAAGAGGCGGUCGUCCGCGAGCGCGUCGGCCGCGGGAUCGGAUACGCGCUGGCCAAGUCGUUCGAGAUCCGGCUGCGCUUCUUCGAGGCGGACGAGUACGCCGAUAUGUAUGCUAUCGACAUCCCUGACGUACUCAACACGGUUGAGCGCAAGUUCAUCCCGCUGCUCUCCUUACUCACCAGGAAGGAGAUCAAGAAGAAGCAAAAGUCGAAGAGCGCAGCCACGCCCGAGGUCGGCGUCAAGUCCGGUGUUGUGGAGACGGCGCCCCCCGCUUCGGAACGGGUGACAACCGCAGAUGAUGAGGACGAUGAUGACGAAGGUGGUGACGACGCCACGAGCGCCAAGCAGAGGGCCAACCGGUCCGAGGCGGUCUCGUACGGCCCGAACGACGACGAGGACGACGAGAUCCAGAACCAACUCCAACGGGAGACGGACGACGCCGAGGAGGGUGAGGAGAGGCUCGACUUCGUCGACGAGGCGUACGGCGGCAGCCCCGAGCCCGAGGACGAGCUUGGCGACAAGACGGACGAGGAGCGGUCGCGGUCGCGUGAGGCGCGCGUCAAGAACAAGAACGAGCACGUGGCACGGUUCCGCUGCGACGAGGUGGGCGGCGAAUGGGUCGAGUUCACGCUCGAGUUCGACGCGUCCAUCCCCAAGAUCCUCAUGCUCAGCCUGGUGCAGGAGGCCAUCAAGAAGUCGGUCAUCCAGCAGAUCCACCGCAUCGGCAAUGCAACGUUUGAGCCCAAGAAGAAGAAGGACGAGUCCACGGGCGAGGAGCGCAUGGUCGAGAUGCUCGUGCAUACCGACGGUGCCAACCUGCGCGCCAUGCAGCAGUAUGGUGACUACAUCAACCCUAACAGGAUAUCAACCAACGAUAUCGCGCAAGUGCUCGAGGUGUACGGUGUCGAGGCGUGCCGGAGCAACAUCGUUGCGGAGCUCAGCGGCGUUUUCGCCGGUCACGGUAUCGCGGUCGAUCCCCGCCAUCUGAACCUCAUUGCCGACUACAUGACCAGGAACGGCGGCUUCUCAGCCUUCAACCGCAUCGGCCUGACGGGCAACGUCAGCCCCUUUACCAAGAUGAGCUACGAAACCACGGUCGGCUUCCUCAAAGAUGCGGUCCUCGACGGCGACUGGGACAGCCUUGCCACGCCUUCCAGCAGACUGGUCGUUGGCAAGCUCGGCACGGUCGGCACGGGCUCGUUUGAUGUUCUCACCAAGUUGCCGACAGAACACAGCAUUGCUGCGUUUUAGGUGGUUCUUGGGGGCGGGAGGAAGGUGUGAGAGGCUGAGAAGCACAGGUGUGAUAGAUAAAUAUUUGGUGGGGAAAGAGUAGUGGCGUAGGCACGGAGGCAGCUGUGUGUUGAAGCAUGUACGGCUACGAUAUGAUAUGUACGGGGCAGUACGUUAGUGAAUUCAGGAUCCGACUCGUAGUAUCCAUCC